AUGAUUGGAAGAGGAAAAAAAAAGAAAUGCAGAAGCGACAAUAACAACAUCAUUUGCUUUAUUCAAGUCCAUCCAUCGAUAACUAAUUCUUUUCAAGUACAACAACAAUUCGAAUCAACUUUUACAAUAAUAAAUAAUCGUACAAAUAUGUUUAAUAUAACUGAUCAACUAUCAUCAGUUUCCGAUAUAAAUUAUCGAACUAUACCAGAUCAUCAACUACAACUUUCACCGGAACAAUUAAGAGAAAAAUUACGAAAACAACUUGAAUAUUAUUUUUCCAGAGAAAAUAUGAUUCAUGAUAGUUAUUUACAAUCACAAAUGGAUGCUGAUAAUUAUGUACCGAUAUCUUUAAUUGCUAAUUUUAAACUUGUUAAACGUCUUACACAAGAUCUACAAUUAAUUAUUGAUGUUCUUAAAGAAUCACCAUCAGUUGAAGUCGAUAUUGAAGAGAAAAGAGUUCGUUCAUCAGAUAAUCCAAUAUAUCUUCCAACACGAAAACGUUGUAUUAUUAUAUUACGUAAUGUACCAUUAGAUGCAACAGAAAAUGAAAUAUUAGAAUUAUUUUUAAAUAAAUCUUGUCCAGUAUCAGCUAUUGCAUGUGAACGAGUAUUAGAAUUUAAUCAUUCAGAUUGUUGGUAUGUAACAUUUAAUAGUGAAGAUGAUGCACAAAAUGCAUUUUUAUAUCUAACAAGAGAAAGUAUUUUUAUACGUGGUCAAAAAAUUUUGGCUCGAAUGAAAGCUUGUCUAUGGCAAAAACCUGUUUUAUCAUCAAACGAUAAUAUAAAAGAUUCAUCUAUACCGAAAAAUUCUUCAUUAGUCUCAACACAAGAACAAAUUACUCCUGUUUAUAUUCAAACACUACCAACAAAUCAUAUAAAUCAAUCAUCAAUUGUCGGAAAUCUUUCACAACAACAAACAACAUUUAAACCUCGUCAUAUACAAGUAUUACAACAAUAUUUACCAAUGAAUUAUAAUUCUAAUAUUUUAUCACAUCAUCCACAUAAUGUACCAUCAACAUAUUUAUUUACAACAAAUAUGCAACCAUUAACUAUGAAUUAUUAUUCUCAAACACAAUUUUUAAAUAGAAAUCAUUCUAUUUUUCCAAUUAAUUUUUGGUAUAAACCACCAACAACAGAUUCAUAUUCACCUAUGACUUAUAAUAUUCAAUCUAAAAGUCGAGUAACAACAGCAUCUAAACCACGUAAUACAACAAAAACAAUUUCUAAUCAAAUAGAACUCUCAAACACUAACAAUCAUUCAAAUGCAUUGCUUAAUUCAAGUCAAAAUAGUACUUCACAUUCUGAAGAUACUAAAUCAUCAAUUUCUCAUAAUGAAACAUUAUUAAAUCAAUCAUCAUUACAAACUAUUCAAGCAUAUUCAUCUGAUAAAUCGACUAUUGAUGAUUAUCAAAAAUCAAACAAUGAAUAUCAUUCAUCUAUGCAAAUAUCGAAUGAUAAUAUAUGUAAAUUAAAAUCAACAGAAAUAAAUAAUUCAUUAAUAUCUCAAACUAUUGAACAAUUACCAACGACAAAUGAUUCUAUUCAUCAAUGUGAUUAA